ACACAGGCAGUGCUCAAGGAUACCCAGAUACACUUGGAUGAUGCUCUCAGGACACAGGAGGACCUGAAGGAGCAGGUGGCCAUGGUGGAGCGCAGAGCUAACCUGCUGCAGGCUGAAGUUGAGGAGCUACAGGCAGCCCUGGAGCAGACAGAGCGGUCGAGGAAAGUGGCUGAGCAGGAGCUUCUGGAUGCAAGUGAGAGAGUCCAGCUCCUCCACUCUCAGAACACCAGCUUGAUAAACACCAAGAAGAAGCUGGAAACAGACAUUGCCCAAAUUCAAGGUGAAAUGGAGGAUACUAUCCAGGAAGCCCGCAAUGCUGAAGAGAAGGCCAAGAAGGCCAUCACAGAUGCGGCCAUGAUGGCAGAAGAGCUGAAGAAGGAGCAGGACACCAGCGCCCACCUGGAGAGGAUGAAGAAGAACCUGGACCAGACGGUGAAGGACCUGCAGCACCGUCUGGAUGAGGCUGAGCAGCUGGCACUGAAGGGAGGCAAGAAGCAAAUCCAGAAGCUGGAGGCCAGAGUGCGGGAGCUGGAAGGGGAGGUUGAUGCUGAGCAGAAGCGUAGCGCUGAAUCCAUGAAGGGUGUGCGCAAGUACGAGAGGAGGGUGAAGGAGCUGACCUAGUCUGAGGAGGACCGGAAGAACAUUCUCAGGCUCCAGGAUCUGGUGGACAAGCUUCAAAUGAAGGUGAAAUCCUACAAGAGGCAGGCUGAGGAGGCU